AUGGCGGCUUCCUUCGUCAUGAUAAUCAGUUAUACACUGCUGGUUAUUGAAACUCUCAUCGGAAUGGUAGCAAAUGGAUUUAUUGUCCUCAUGAAUUACAUCAACUGGUUCAAAAGUAGGAAACUAUCCCCAGCUGACUUGAUCCUGACCUGCCUUGGCUUGUCCAGGCUUGCAUGGCAGGCCGCAGUGAUUCUGCAGGACACUAUAUAUUUCUUUUCUCUGAGCACUCAUAUUUGGAAUUACCAACAUGUAAUAAUUGCCGUCGUGUGGAUAUUUACAAACACAGCCAAUGUUUGGUUUGCCACCUGGCUCAGUGUUUUCUACCUUGUAAAGAUCGCCAUCUUCUCCCACCCCGUUUUCCUCCAAGUGAAACAAAGAAUCUCUGGACUGGUGCCGUGGUUGCUUCUGGGCUCCGUUGUUCUCUCUGCUAUUAUGACUAUUACUCUAGUUACAAGCUUGCUCACUGGUUUCUCUAUGUGCAAUUUCAACUCAUCGCUUUUGAGCAUCAAUGGUUCAGAAAUUAAAACAUCUGACUUUUCUCUAUGCUUAGUUAUUCUGGUCAACGCCCCAAAUGUUAUUCCCCUUCUGAUAUUUUUGUCAUCGUCCAUCUUGUUAAUAACCUCUCUGUGGAAGCACACAAGACAUUUACAUUGCAAUGAGAACGGCAUCAAGGAUCUCAACACCACAAUUCACGUGACUGCCAUUAAAGCUCUGGCUUCCUUCUCUGUUCUGUACCUGUCCAGUUUUCUAGCAUUCAUUGCACGGGCAAUACUGGUCUUGAAUAACAUGAAUCACCCUUGGUCAGCGAUGCUGAUUAGUAAUGUUAUGGCUGCUUAUCCCUCCGGACAUGCUGUUAUCCUGAUCUUAAUUAAUCCCAAACUAAAACAGACAUGGGUCAGGAUGCUACAUCACUUACAAUGCUGUUUGAGAGAAAUGUCACCUUAA